AUGCUGCGCACAGUCACCGGUGCGACGCUCGUGCAGCUCGGGUGCGGCGUCGUCAACGGCUUCAUCAGCGUCCUCGCGACCCUCGAUACGGCUUUCUACGCCAACCCGCUCGACGGACGCACCUUGCAUGCCUACUACGUGGCCAUGGGCGUCUUUGCGCUCGGCGUCCUCCUCGUCGGCGUCGCCUACUCAAAGCUCUCACCAUCGCGCUGGGUCGGGCUCGGCGCCGCCUUGGUCGCGUUAGGCUACGGCCUCACGGCCAUUGGACGGUGCCCCGACCGCUUCUUUGGUCUCUGCGGUGGGCUCUUGGCAGCUGCAUUUGGCGUUGGCUCGGUCGCCGGCUCGAGAACGCUCUCCCCAGCGACCACCUCGAUCGGGCGAUCGAGCGCCUUUUUGGCCGUUGGCGGCGGCGUCACUGCCGUCCUGCUUCUUGGCUGCGCCUGCUUGUACGUAGAGCCGCCCAUGACGCCGCCACUCGACGCGCCCAUGCCCGACGACGAGCCGCCAUUGACACCAAAGUCGCCGUUCUCACCCAACACAGCGCUCUCGCCGCCCGAAAGCGACGAGUGUGCAUCGUCGACGGUAUCGUCGGGGUCGUCGCCGCUUGUGUCGCUGGACAACAUGGCGUUGCUACUGCUCGUCUUUGGCUACGUCGUGUACGGCGUCACGAUGCUGCCUCGGUACCCGCUCCUCCUCCUCACCGUGUUUGGUCAAACGAGGGACGCAGCUUCGCGCAUCAUUGUCACAUUUGGCGUCUACAGUAUCCUCGGGCGUCUCGUUGGCGGUGGGCUCGCCGAUGCGCUCAGCGUAUGCAUCGCGCCGCCCUUUGCGCGCAAGCUGCUGCUUCUCAUUGCCCUUGUCGCCCAAGUACUCUUACUCUACAAGCUGCCCGAGACGCUACAGGACCGCGACCUUGGACGGUUUGAAGGCUACGUCCGCGGCCUCAACGUCUGCUUUGGCAUCGGGUUUGGUAUCUUCCCGUCGUUUGCCCGCGUGCUGUUUGGGGCCCGCGUCUUUGCGAAAGCGUACAGCGGCGUCGUGCUGGCGUGGGUCGCUGCGCUCCUCAUCGGUGGUCUCUGCUUUGGCGCCUCGUUGGAGUCGCGCUACUUUGUGCAGCGCCAGCCAAUUGUCCAAGUCUACGACGCCAACUUUGCCUGGCUCCGUAUCCUUACGCUUCUCGGGCUGCUGGCCGGGCUCUUUGUCCGGACCAAUCCCCAAGACCGGUUCGCAUCCGACGUCAAGUACCAAGUGAGCGUCUGCGGCCGGCCGCUGCUUCGCUGCGGUGUCACCAAGCCGGACCACAUGGCGUAA